AUGUCUUACCACAGCCGUUUAACCAGAGAGAACGCAGCGCUCCUCAUCGUCGAUCAUCAAGUCGGUUUAUACACUGGCGUCCGAGAUAUCGAUACUUUGAGUCUCAAGCACAACAUCGUAGGAUUAGCCAAAGCCGCGGCGGCGCUGGAAGUCCCCGUUGUUGUGACAACAACCACAGAAGGACUUUGGGGUCCUAUGAUCCCUGAGCUUCAGGAAGCACUCCCCGGUAUUGACCGUAUCGAACGAACUACCGUCAAUGCCUGGGAUGAUCCCCGAGUGGUGGCUGCUGUGGAGGCGACUGGAAGGAAGAACCUGAUUGUGACGGGCAUUUCCACAGAUGUCUGCCUAGCGUUGCCCGCAUUGUCGGCAUUGGCUACUGGCUAUACAACAUAUGCCGCUAUUGACGCAUCCGGUGCCUUCACCAAACAACAAGCGGAUGCGGGAGUUAUGAGGAUGGUGCAGGCCGGCGUGGUCCCUGUCUGUUACUCGAACGUUAUUGUUGAGAUACUUGCGGAUAAUGCAGCUGCUGAAGCCAAUGCUGUCUACGCUGCAUUGGACAUGCCGUUUGCGAGGCUUGUGGGUGGCCUCAACCAGUACUUCUCAAACAAAAAGUAA